GACGUGGCUGUGAGGUCGGGGACUGCCCAUCAGCCUCCCCAACCCCCGGGCCCCGCCGUCCCCUCCCUGAGCCGCCGCCGCCCCCCCAAUCCAACAGAGGACCUGACCCUGGACCCCGACUCGGCCAACCACCUGCUGAUCCUGUCGGCCGACCUGAAGAGCGUGCGCAUGGGCUGCCGCAAGCAGGAGCUGCCCGACCACCCCAAGCGCUUCGACACCAACUCGCGGGUGCUGGCGUCGCGCGGCUUCCGCUCGGGCCGCCACCACUGGGAGGUGGAGGUGGGGCCGGCGGACGGCUGGGCCUUCGGCGUGGCGCGGGAGUCGGUGCGCAGGAAGGGGCUGACGCAGUUCUCGCCCGACGAGGGCAUCUGGGCCGUGCAGCGCAACGGGGGCCGCUGCUGGGCCGUCACCUCCCCCCAGCGCACCCCGCUGGGCCCGGGCUCGGCGCUCAGCAGGGUCCGCGUGUGCCUGGACUACGAGGGCGAGGAGCUCUCCUUCUACAACGCCGACGACAUGAGCCACAUCUUCACCUUCCACGUGGCCUUCCGAGAGAGGGUCUUCCCGCUCUUCUCCGUCUGCUCCACCGUCACCUACCUCAAGCUGUGCCCCUGAGGGGGGGGAUAGGGGGGA